AUGGCCGACCAGGGGAAGGCACACUCGUUCAAAAACAGCGUAACUACCAUAGUAGCAGGAUCGCAAGAAACAUUAUCAACAAUGAGCGAGAAACCAACACUCGUACCAGGAGCUGCAGGGCCAAAACCGGCUCCAUCAGCGCUUUCCGACACAGAAGCGCAGCCAGUAAAACCUCCACCUUAUUCUGGGUUUUCGCCUGGGAGAAGGAGAUUCAUACUGGCUAUAACAACCAUUGCAGGGUUUAUGGGACCUCUUGCUGGUGGCAUCUAUCUUCCAGCACUUCCAGUUUUGAAGGAUGAGUUUAAGGUCUCUGCGACGGCAAUUAAUGCUUCCGUUACAGUUUUUAUGGCAAUGUUUGCCGUUGGUGUAAGUUCUCAAAGCUCCGCCCUACCAAUAUACCAUUGUAAUUGUUGAGUAUUGAUUGUAUUAUGGCCGUUAUUCUGGUCUAGCUUCUCGGAUUGGAAAGGAAGGAGACCAUUGUAUAUCAUUUCGCUUGCAAUUUACAUCGUGGCCAACAUUCUGUUAGCAGCUGUACCGGCGAAUUUUGGAGCACUGAUUGUCAUUCGCAUGGUGCAGUCGUUCGGUUCCUCUGCUGUUGUUUCGAUGGGAGCAGGGACUGUAGCUGAUGUGAGUUGUACUGUGGUAAUCCGCCUUCAAAAAGCUUCUAACCUAUUCCCAGGUUACCGAAGUUAAGCAUAGAGCAGCAGCGAUGUCAAUCUUCUUGCUGGGGCCGCAGUGUGGUCCCAUUUUUGGUCCAAUGUUGGGUGGUCUUUUCGCAGGCUUGACAACUUGGAGAUGGAUUUUUGGAUUCCUAGGUAUGCAGCUUUCGAAGGCAUGCUGUUCCUCUAGCUAACUUGCAACACAGCUAUAACUGGAUUCGUUCUCUGGGUAGUCAUUAUCUUGAUGUUGCCAGAAACGCUUCGAGCUAGAGUAGGAAACGGUUCAGUAUUUGCUGGAAAGGGCCUCAUUCUUAUGCCACCUGCAUUAUUCGCAACACCCGUGCCGGAGUCGCAAAGAGGACCUGCUCCACCAAAACCAUCUCUUAUUGGGUUCUGGCGAAUGUUCUGCUACGCCCCUAUUGGACUUGUCUCUUUCAAUACAGCAAUGCUUUACUCGACGUACUUUGCAAUUUCCGUACAUCUACCAACCGCGUUACAAGAUGUUUAUGGGUGGUCUACAACUGCUAUCGGUUUUGGUUUCCUUGCAGUUGGUAAGUGUUGGAAUAUAGAUAUCGAUGUAAGAUACUGACGGAAUUAGGAAUUGCCAUGAUUGUUGGCUCAAUGCUUGGUGGUCGUUUCUCCGAUUGGAGACGAAAGCGUGCUGUCGCAGCCUCCGAAUCUGAAACAGUCGACCCAGAGAAUCGACUCGUAGAUCAAAUUUGGGGUGUAUUGAUGAGUGUUGGCGGAUGCCUCAUGUACGGGUGGUUUGUGCACUUCAAGAUCCAUCCAGCUGCAGUCCUUGUGGCAACCUUUCUGAGUAAGUUCUUCCAAUUCAGCAUUCAGAACCAGGUGCUAACAUUGUGUUAGAUGGUUUCGGUAACAGCUGGGUGUUUGUCGCAACAACUGCUUUCUUGACAGAGUGUGUGAAGCAACAAGCUGCUGGCGCCUUUGCGCUGGGCAAUCUCUUACGGAACCCUGGAGCAGCCGUUGCAGCCGUUGUCAUUCAACCGCUUGUGUCAAAAAUGGGCGUGGGAUGGUGCUUCACGGGACUAGCAAUCGUGGACCUGAUCCUUGUUGGAAACGCUGUCAUUCUGUUACGAAUCAAAUGCCCUGGCUGGCGAAAGGAGAGGAUGGCAAAAAUGGCGGCUGCUGCUGCGGCAAAGAUGUAG